UGGGCAAACCCGAAGACCGAGUGAGUGUUACUUUGCGGCCGGGCCUGACUAUGGCCAUGGGCGGAUCCACAGAGCCUUGCGUCCAGGUGCUGGUCUCUUCCAUCGGUGUGGUAGGAACUGCCGAGGAGAACCGUGCCCACAGUGCCCGCUUCUUCGAGUUCCUCACCAAGGAGCUGUCCCUGGACCAGGACAGGAUAAUUAUCCGCUUCUUCCCCUUGGAGGCCUGGCAGAUUGGAAAGAAAGGAACAGUCAUGACAUUUUUGUGAUUAGCACAAAGAAUCCAGGCCAUCUGUGACCUGUGAGCCUGCAGGCCCUUCCAGAGAAGCCCAUCCUGGCAGAGUCAUGGCUUGGUAGAUGCCAACUCCAGACAUCUCUUUUUCAGAUUAUGUCUGUGAUGUCAUCUCACGGUUUUCCUGUUCCCUAACCUCAUGAAUAAAUAAAUGAAGAGAAUAUCAUUGCAACAUGACCUCUUCUGUAAUCCUC